AUGAAGCUUUUUGAGCUGCAAGUCGAGGUUCGUCGGCAGCAGGUUGCUUGGAAGUCGGUUUCGGCCAUUCUGAUCCCGUGAACCAGUGGAAUAAGGCAGCGCUUGAACAAAGAGCCGAUAUGUUUGAAAAUAUCUCCUCUCCACUACCAACGAAAUGCGGCAGGGCGCAGAGUGCUGCAGUUAUGAGACUAAUAUGGGGAGGAUCCGGUCUGCCACAAGAAAUCUUUUUCUGUUCUAAAAUUCCUCCAAGAAUUGCAAAGAGUCGAGGUGCGUUUGACUGAUCGUCCUUUAGGCAAGCGGCUCUCCUCAUUGGUUCAUUCUCCUCUAUCAGAGCAGCCAAUUGCAUGUCCAGACAAGGAGCUUUAA